UUGUCUUGUAGAACCUGAUGAGCGAUGAGAGAUGAGCCCAAGGUCGGUGUUCUGGUCGUCGUCUCUGCUUGCCCGGGCCCGGACUCGGACUCGUCGCCAUUCGCACGCUGCUAUCGUGCUCCGCCCAAUCAUCUCGUCCCUUCCCCUUUCACGUACAAGAUUUCGAUUUCUCCCCAAUUCCAUUUCCACUCCAACUCUUCUUCUUAAGUUCACCCCUUGUGCUUCUCUGUCGUCCAUGGGUUCCGCAGAUAAAGCGCGCGUGCCCCCAGCCCAGCACUCGCCCUCCCCCCCGAUCACCAAGUUUAUGGUUGCGCUGUGCCAAUUGAAAGUGACUGCAGACAAGGAGAAGAACAUAGUGCACGCUCAAGCUGCAGUGGAAGAAGCUGUCGACAAAGGGGCAAAGCUAGUUCUGUUGCCUGAGAUAUGGAACAGUCCAUAUUCAAAUGAUAGUUUUCCAUUGUACGCCGAGGAUAUUGAUGCUGGCUUUGAUGCAUCCCCAUCAACUGCCAUGUUGUCUGAAGUUGCUAGCCGCCUGAAAAUCACGAUUGUCGGAGGCUCGAUACCCGAACGGAGUGGGGAUAAGCUGUAUAAUACUUGUUGUGUAUUUGGACCUGAUGGAAAGCUAAAAGCUAAACACCGGAAGAUUCAUCUUUUCGACAUCGACAUUCCUGGAAAGAUUACCUUUAAGGAAUCCAAGACUCUUACGGCCGGAGAAAGUCCCACCAUUGUAGACACAGAGGUUGGCCGAAUUGGAAUUGGCAUCUGUUACGACAUUAGAUUUCAGGAGCUGGCAAUGCUCUAUGCAGCAAGAGGUGCUCAUUUGAUUUGCUAUCCGGGAGCAUUCAAUAUGACAACUGGACCUUUGCAUUGGGAGCUAUUGCAAAGAGCAAGGGCUGUGGAUAAUCAGUUAUAUGUAGCAACUUGUUCGCCUGCACGGGAUGCUUCUGCCGGAUAUGUUGCCUGGGGUCACUCUACCCUCAUUGGCCCUUUUGGAGAAGUUCUUGCAACCACAGAACAUGAGGAGACAAUAAUCACCUCAGAAAUAGACUAUUCUCAGCUUGAUCUCAGGAGAACAAACCUGCCGCUGGAACAGCAAAGGCGGGGCGAUCUUUACCAGCUGGUAGAUGUCAAGAGGUUGAACUUGAAUCCUGAAAACUGAUGAGAGGCUGCUGAAAAUUUGAUUCAGAUUCCGAUCUGUCUGUUUAGGUACGUACAUACAUUAUGAUCCACUCUAUAAUCUGAUGCACCAUAAUUCAUUAGAUGACACAUUCUUGAUCUUUUGCUACAUAUGUUAUUAUGUUACUCGUUACUCAGCUUCCGAACCAUUAAAAAAACAAACUCUUUACAUCUGCAUUCACCUGUACAUAUACACACCUUAUCUGGUCUAAAGAAAUCCCAUCUGAUGGACGAGGUCCUGUAAAUCCUCGUCCCACUGAUCGGGUGUUUGAGCAGUCAACUCUUCGAUUUCCACAUCUGCUGGUUCAUCUCCGCCAAGCCAUUCUUCGGCGCGAUCAUCACUUAGUAACUCCUCCCAUAUAUUCUCUGCCGCACCCGACUUCACAUCGCUACUUGCUUCAUCAUCAAUGGUCACAACCUCCUCUAGGUUGUCGACACUGGGGCUGGGGCUCAUGGUCAGUCUUCUCUUGUGGCCUACUUUGAUGCACAUGUCGCGCAUCAUUGCAUACUUGUGGAUGUAGUGCUGAAGGAAAGAAGGGUUUUUGAAGGCCCGGGCGAGGAAACUCAUCAUCUGCUGCUGCUUUUUGGCCGUGCUGUCGAUUCGUUCUUCCAUUGCCAUGAUUCUCUGCAUCGACUUGUGCUGCUGGUGCUUCAGUUUGAGUAUCUCUGCCGUCAACAGGCUGCGGUCCCGUUUCAGCCUGGCGAGCUCCUGCUCGGUCCCUGCCCCGGCCAGGUAGCUGCAUCCCUGGUCGACGCAGCAGCCGGCUCUGGCUGCAUUGGCAUUGGCAUUCGUCCGGCGCCUGAUUGUGGUGAGGAGAUACUUGUGCCCUCUUAGAAACCCUUCAUUGGCAAAUUCCCAUCUGUCUGGAUCCACCUUCCUGAAGCCCUGCGGGACAACACAACACAAGUCAUUGAAUUUGUUUGUUUGAUUGAUCGAAAUGUGUGGUAGUGGUACUGACGUAUGUGUUGAGCUGGCGAAUGAAGCUGGAGAAGUUGGCAUGCUUGAAGUAUCUGGGGAGGAGAGUGGUGGAGAGCUUGUGAUAGUCCCAGACUAUGAAGCUGUUCUUGGACAGGCUCCAUGAGAUGACUGCAUCCGUCGAGGGAUCCUCCACCAUCUCGUAUGUCUUCAUCAGGAAUGGGGGAGCAGGCCCCGCCUGGUUGAGAUUGUUCUGGCCCAGCCUCAGCUCCAUUGGCAUUGGGGAAGAAGAAGAAGAAGCAGAGGAAGACGAAGACGACCAUUCCUCCUCCACCUUCACUUUCAGAAUGUUCGCGAAGGUGGGAUAUAUCACUGGGAUAGACGAUGGAUACUUGGAGCAUCGGAGCUACACUUGUCUUUUGUGGGGACGGGGAUAGUCAGUGUCACAGAAACUUGUAGCUCAUGAAGAAACGUCCAGAAGCUUCUCUAAGAGUUGAAGGAGGUAAGAAAUCCAAAGAAAGAUUCUUCCAGAACAAUUUGCAGCGCCGCCGCCGUCCUCUUCUUCAUCUUGGUCGGUCGUCGUCAUCAUCCCCCCCUCCGUCUCUUCUCUUGGGGCAAGAAAAAUCCUCUUUUAACGGCGGUCCAACCACAUACUUCUUACUUGGAAUUCUCUAAUAGGUGAUUGAGUAUGCUCGAUCAUAGCUUAUAAUUGACUUCUUGAUCCAAAAUAGAAUUCUUAUGAUCGUUUUAACUAAUUAAUUCAUGGGAUUCCAAGUUGUACUUGGCCAAUUUUAUAACCUUAUUGAGAGUUUUGCAAUGAGAUUUCUUGUCAAGUGACCUCCCAUCAGAUCA